UCCUGGCAGCGCAGCCAUGCAGGGCCCCGCGGCGCCUGGCUCCCCUCGGGGGUCCCCGCGCGGCUCCCCCGCGCUCUUCAGGAAGCUGCUGAUGAACCAGAGCAUCCGGCUGCAGCGCCGCUUCACGGUGGCCCACGCGCUUUGCUCUGACCUGGAGGAUGGGCCGGCGAGCGGCAGGGGGCCCCCGGGCCCCCACGGCCAGCGGCGCGGGUCCUUCCUGUACCGCUCGGACAGCGACCGCGAGCCUUCGCCCAAGGCCGCGUCCCGGAGCUCCUCGGCGGCCGGCGAACCACACGGAGAAGACAUGAUUGUCACGCCCUUCGCCCAGGUCCUGGCCAGUCUCCGGACUGUCCGCGGCAACGUGGCCGCCCUCGCCCGAGGCCCGGGCAGCAGGCUCCUGGGGACCCCUCCGCGCAGCAGCCGGCCGGCACACACAGGUACGCCCCUGCGCCGCCCCGCGCCCAGCCCGCCCCGCGCCCCGCCCCCUUCGCACCCGCCAGAGAGGGCCGGGGGCCUGCCUGGCCACACCGCAGCAGGCGCGGGCGCCCCGGCCCCCCUGACCCGCCCGCCCGCAGAGGACGCCGGGCCGCAGCUGGCGCAGGAGGCGCUGGAGGAGCUGGACUGGUGCCUGGAGCAGCUGGGGACGCUGCAGACGCGGCGCUCGGUGGGCGAGAUGGCGUCCAACAAGUUCAGGCGCAUGCUCAACCGCGAGCUGACCCACCUGUCGGAAACCAGCCGCUCGGGGAACCAGGUGUCGGAGUACAUCGCGCAGACCUUCCUGGACCAGCCGGCGCGCGUGGAGCCCCCCGCGCUGCCCACGGGGGACGAGCCCAUGUCCCGGAUCAGCGCGCUGCGCCCCGCCAGCCUCCCCGCCGCCGUGCCCCGCUUCGGGGUCCAGACUGACCGGGAGGGGCAGCUGGCCAAGGUGCGUCCCGGGCUGCGGGCCGGGCUCCCGCCCCGGCUCCCCGCAGCCGCUGACCUGACUGGCCCCUCGCAGGAACUGGAAGACACCAACAAGUGGGGCCUGGACGUGUUCAGAGUGGCCGAGCUGAGCGGGAGCCGGCCGCUCACGGCCGUGGUGUUCAGCGUCCUCCAGGAACGGGACCUGCUCAAGACGUUCCAGAUCCCCGCGGACACGCUGAUGACGUACCUGCUGACGCUGGAGGGUCACUACCACGCCGACGUGGCGUACCACAACAGUGUGCAUGCUGCGGACGUGGUGCAGUCUGCGCACGUGCUGCUGGGCACCCCGGCCCUGGAGGCCGUGUUCACAGAUCUGGAAGUCUUGGCAGCUGUCUUUGCAUGCGCUAUCCACGACGUGGACCACCCGGGGGUCUCCAAUCAGUUUCUCAUCAACACCAACUCGGAGCUGGCGCUGAUGUACAAUGACCUGUCGGUGUUGGAGAACCAUCACCUCGCGGUGGGCUUCAAGCUCCUGCAGGCAGAAAACUGUGACUUCUUCCGGAACCUCAGCGCCAAGCAGAGACUGAGUCUGCGCAGGAUGGUCAUAGACAUGGUGCUGGCCACAGACAUGUCCAAACACAUGAGCCUCCUGGCCGAUCUCAAGACCAUGGUGGAGACGAAGAAGGUGACCUGCCUCGGGGUCCUGCUCCUGGACAAUUACUCUGACCGCAUCCAGGUCCUACAGAGCCUGGUGCACUGCGCUGACCUGAGCAACCCCACCAAGCCUCUGCCGCUCUACCGCCAGUGGACCGACCGCAUCAUGGCCGAGUUCUUCCAGCAGGGUGACCGCGAACGGGAGUUGGGCCUGGACAUCAGCCCCAUGUGUGACAAGCACACGGCCUCGGUGGAGAAAUCCCAGGUGGGAUUCAUUGACUACAUUGCCCACCCACUGUGGGAAACAUGGGCUGACCUGGUGCACCCCGAUGCUCAGGAGCUGUUGGAUACCUUGGAAGACAACAGAGAGUGGUAUCGGAGCAGGGUACCCUGCAGCCCCACCCACACCACGGGCCACGAGCGCUCCAGCCCUGACAGGUUCCAGUUUGAGCUAACCCUGGAGGAGGCAGAAGAGGAGGAGGAGGGAUAAUGAAGGACAGUCCCCAGAGUCACCCGGCACUUAGCGCCUGUCCUCCAAGACCAGCCCAGAGUGCAAGGUCUGCCUUAUCCAACAACAAGAUUUUGGGCCAGCCUAGCAUGGACCAUGAAGUCGCCGUCAGGCUCUGGACACCUGUGGGCGCUGGUGACCUCUGCAGUGAUCCUGUGGUACCAGCCCGUCCACGUGGACAGCCGAGAUUUACGCAUAGACAAGGCUUGGGGUCCACUUGGAAGCCUGCAGCCGGGGUCCGCUCUGACCACAGGCUUGCUGGGAAGGCGCAGGGGUCUGGCGGUGCCUCCUCCUGACUCUGCUUCAGCCUGCACACGGGCUAGGCCUGUGCUCUCUGCCUUUCGUUCCUUCUUUUGUUUCUUUUUGAUGCAGAAGAGGGAAGCCCGGAUUCCCACAUGCCCUGUGAGCAGAGUGACGCCAGCCCCCAAGUCACUAUGUCUUUGACGUCACUAGAUGUCCUGCCUUCGGCCAUCCAGCCACAGACCUUUACUGCGUCCCCAGGGAGAAUCCCUUUUGUAAAUAGUGACAGGGACCACCCCUGCUGAGGUCUAGUGUCUCCUGACCCGAGACUGCACAGACCCCUCACAGAUACCGAGAUGCAGAUGGCCCUCUUAGAAGGCCCCCACAGGCCUCUGUCUCCCUACGAUCUGCUCACACAUUCACUAAACACUGCUGGCAGGGACCCAUGCAGAUUCUCCCUGUAGUAACCUGGAGAUGAGGGGUGCCAGGCAGUCCUGCGGUACAAGCUUCAUGGAUAAGAUCAAACCAGUGUGUGGGGCCUCAGCAUACUCAGCUGUGGGAUUCCGGAGGGCCGGGGUGAGGUGCUAUGCAGGUAAAAGAGAGGUUGGGGGCGUGGUCAGGGUGGAGCCCCGCCUAGAAUCCCCAGUGAG